AGCGAAAGGACACAGUUCAUUUUCCUGUCCCCUUCUCGCACACUCAAAAACCUUGGGUCCACUCUACUCUGUUUCUCGUUGCAACUCAAUUGGGAUUGUACCCGUACAUUCUUUUCCCUUUACUUGAGCUCAACUGUGGUAUCUGUUUCCAAGAUUUUUCUCUGUUGUUCUUCUGCUUCCUGAUUUCCCCAUUCAUUCUUGAAGCUGGGCUGGAAUAUAAGCAUGUUGGCAGGGUUCUUCGAUUCUUUGUACGUUCCUUCGCUUAUCAACUCCCGGAUAGGAUGAUACCUUAGCUAGAUGUGCAUCGAUCUUGCAUGAAGCACUGGAUUCUCGGAACGAUGAAUUGCACUUUGACUAUCACUGAGUUCAUAGUAGUCCUGUUCUUUACCCAAUAUGUUAGGAAGUUCUUGAGCCAAAUCAUCUCUUUCCCAACUUUUGUGAUUACGAUACAUACAAAAGGUGCUUAGCAGGUUCAAUCAUGACGGGAACACCAAAAAUACCCCGCUAGGAAGUACCUUAAUCUGCCUGAGGAGCUAUAACUAAAGAUAGAUGAAGAAAGAAAGUACAUGUCUAAAGUACUAUAUGCUUCAGCAGUAGGAAGUUUGAUGUAUGUUAUGGUAUUUACUAGGCUUGACAUAUAGCCCAUGCAGUUGGAGUUAUCAAUAGAUAUAUGUCAGGUCCAGAAAAAGAGCAUUGGGAAGGUGUAAAAUGGAUUUUUGCGAUACCUUAAAGGCAUCUCAAGUAAUGCACUUUGUUUUAAAACGACCAAUAUUAUCUUACAAGAAUUUUCUGAUGCAAACUUAGGGGAUGAUCUGGAAAGGGAACAAAGACAAGUGUUUCUCAGUCAAGGGGGCUUACGAGCUUCUAUGCAAUCCUGGACAACAACAAUGCUUCUAUGCUUCUGGCCUUGGAGACUUUAUUAGAGUUGUUAGAGUCCUUGUAAGAAGAAUCUUGGACAGAUGUAAAUUGGUCUCUUCCUUUAUUUGUAAUUGUGAUUUCCAACACAAGCUUUGUGUUGAUGAAUAUACUGUUACCUUUAUUAAACAAAAACUUAGGGGGUGAUCUGGAUAGGCAGAAAAGUACUACAGGCUAUGCUUUCACCUUGGGUGGUACUGCUGGUAGUCCAGACUUCAAAAAGGUAUUGUUCUAUCUACCACUUAAGUAGAAUACAUGGCAAUCUUAGAAGAAGAAAAAGAGAUCAUUUGACUCAAGAACUUUCUGAAAUAGUUGGAAAAGAAUAGGACGACUGUGAACUCUUCAGUAAUAGUUAAAGUGCAAUUCGUCUUGCCAAGAAUUUAAUAUUUCACGCAAGAUCAGAACACUUCCACCUGAGGAUCAUCAUAUCCUAUAGUUGAUAAGUGAAGGAACUCUUUCCCGCAGAGGUACAAGGAUAAAAUACUCCCGCCGACAUGUUGACCAAAGUAGUCACUGUUGAUAAGCUGAAGUUAUGUAUUGUCUCAAUUGCCCUUCAAGACUAAUAUUGUGAAGGGAUGCUAGGAAAAUCAUUUGUUUCUCCUUUGCUGACCUUUAACUCCGCAUCAUGCUUCUCCUCUCCUGGUUGUGAUUCCGGCUCGACAGCACCAAACAAUAUAGUAGGAUAUGUAAAUUGCUCGAAUAACAUUACAUCAAAUGUCACCAAAGGAUCUUGGACAUCUGAUUAUUAUUUCUCCAAGAAAUGGAAGUUGCAUUCAACAGCUACUGACAAUAUAGAAUUAACUGAAGAAGAGAAGAAAACAUGGAAUGAUAGCAGAGAAGCUCUGUCUGCAUUCAAAUUUAGCCCCGAGGAGGAAGACAAAAUCUUAGGAAAAGCAUUUGGCCAGAUACAUUCACCUUACUGGUAUGAAGAACGGAAGAAAGAGGUUCCAAGACUCGAAGUUGUGAAUGAGAUAUUGAAUUAUUUAAGGAGCUUAAGCCUUACUGAUGAUGAUCUCACUAAACUUCUUAAGAAAUUCCCAGAAGUUCUUGGAUGUAGCCUUGAAGAUGAAAUGAAAAACAAUGUGGAAAUCUUGGCGAAACAAUGGGGAAUUGAAGGUAAAACUCUGACAAAAGUGCUUCUUCGAAAUCCAAAAGUUUUAGGUUACAACGUCGAUUGCAAAGGUGAUUGUGUGGCUAAAUGCACUCGUUGUUGGGCUCGCUUCUAACUGUAUUCUUGUUGUUUCUUUCUCGUCCUUUUUACUUUAUGUAUAAUGAAUGUCUCACACAGAAUCAUUCUUCAAACCUUGUAUCUAAUUAUAGAUGAUGAGGAUAAUGAUUCAGCGGCAAAGCUGUUAUCCCGCAUCAUAGGGUUCUAAGAUUCGAUUUUCACCAAA